UCCGUCUCGUCGUCUGUAGUUUGUGGGAUCGAGCUUCUCUCGGCUCCCGCCUGGGCCUAAGCUCUGCGUCCCAAGCCAGGGUGAACUGGGGUCGGAGACAGGGCCGCAGAGCCGGCGAAGAGGGCGGAACGCCUCUGGGAUGGGAAAGGAGCAGUAGAGCCGCCCCCCCCCCCCAGGAGGGACCGCGCGUGCGCACGAUGCCUAGCCGUUCCACCUCGCGGUAACGCCUCCUUGGAGGGCGGGUGAGGAUUGUGAGCCAAUCGCUGCCCUGCUCCGCUCCCUCCGCGUGGGUCGUUAGGCGCUAACGCCUUUCUUCCUUUUCCCUUUCCCUUCCCUAAAGUUCGACCUCGGUUCACUGACCAACCACCGAGCGCGGGGCGUUCUCCCGGGCGUUGGGCUCCAACAGUCGCCCCAGCUCUCAGCAGCGGGGCUCCUCCAAGCACAGGAGAAGCCUGAGUUAGAGACCUUCCAGCAGCCGGGUCCAUGGGCCCCCGCAGAAGCCCCGGGGCAGCAGGUGGGCUUUCUUAGGGGGAGUGGGCGAGUCUGAUCCCGAGGUCAGGCACGUGAAAUGGGUCUGAAAAUAAGUGGGAGCAGAGGGUCACCAAGCUGGACUCAGCGAUGCGAUGUCGCCCCGAGCCCGCGGCUCUGAGAGAGCCCGCAAGGAAGAAAAGGGGCCGUUGUACAUGACUGCUGGUGGCGAUUCCUAUGACCCGUGUGUGCCAUCUACACACAUCUAAUCUUUUUCUGUAGUGGAGGAUCAAUCAAUUACACGAGGAUGAUGUCACGCAGAUAGAAGGGGACAGCUUCGGAAAAACCUGGGAAGAUUUGUCCGAACGGAUGGAUGCCCACCGAAGUGAGGAGACACAAUGACAUUCUGUGCUCCUUGUGGCCUCCAACCUUCCCCAGCGGGAGGGAGCAUUGAGGAAGAAGGAAUGACUUCUGUUCUCCUGACAGCCAGCACCAGCUUGGAAUCUGUGACAUUCAGAGAUGUGGCUGUGGAAUUCACCAGGGAAGAAUGGGUGUCCUUGGGCCCUUCUCAGAAAGAGUUGUACAGGGAUGUGAUGCUGGAGAACUAUGAGAACUUGGUCUGCCUGGGAUUUGCAGUUUCCAAACCAGAUGUCAUCUACCAAUUGGAGAGAAGAGAAGGAUCCUGGAUGCCAAAGGGAGACAGCCCAAGAAACAGCUGCUUAGAGAACAAAACACUUAGUCCAUAUUGGAGAAUUCAAAUUGGACAAAAACAUAAUGGAUAUAAUAAAUGUGAGAAGACCUUCCUUAAAUGUAAACAACUUGUUUCACAUGCAAAACUUCAUUCAGGAGAGAAACCUUAUGAAUGUAAGGAAUGUGGUAAGGCCUACCAUUAUAGCUUAGGGCUUACUCAACAUAAGAGAAUUCAUAUAGGAGAGAAACCUUAUAAAUGUAAUGAAUGUGGGAAGGCUUUCAGUAUUAAGGUGCAACUGAUUUACCAUCAAAGAAUUCACACUGGAGAGAAGCCUUAUGAAUGUAAUGAAUGUGGGAAAGCCUUUGGUAGGAGGGCAGUACUUACUCAACAUCAGAAAAUUCAUACUGGAGAGAAACCUUAUGAAUGUAAUGAAUGUGGAAGAGCCUUCUAUGUAAGGGCAGAACUUAAUCAACAUCUGAGGAUUCAUACUGGAGAGAAACCUUAUGAAUGUAGUGAAUGUGGGAAAGCCUUCAUUGUGAGGGCACAGCUUAAGGUACAUCAGAGAAUUCACACUGGAGAAAGACCUUAUGAGUGCAAUGAAUGUGGAAAGGGUUUCCUUCUAAAGAAAUACCUGAUUGUACACCAGAGAAUCCAUACUGGAGAGGAACCUUAUAAAUGUAAUGAAUGUGGAAGGGCCUUCUAUGUAAAAGUAGACCUCACUCAACAUCUAAUUCAUACUGGAGAGAAACCUUAUGAAUGUAGUGAGUGUGGGAAAGCUUUUAGUGUGAAGGCACAGCUUAAGGUGCAUCAGAGAAUUCAUACUGGAGAAAGACCAUACAAAUGUAAUGAAUGUGGGAAGGCCUUUAUUAUGCGAUCAGGACUUUCUCAACAUCAAAGAAUUCAUACUGGAGAGAAACCUUAUAAAUGUAAUGUAUGUGGGAAGACUUUUAUUAUGAAGUCAGGACUUUCUCAGCAUCAAAGAAUUCAUACUGGAGAAAAACCUUAUGAAUGUAAUAAAUGUGGGAGAACCUUCAGUGUAAAAGAAAGGCUUGUUCAGCAUCUGAGAAUUCAUACUGGAGAGAAACCUUAUGAAUGCAAUGAAUGUGAGAAGGCCUUCAGUAAUAAGGUAUCUCUUACUCAGCAUCAGAGGUUUCAGACUAGAGAGAAACCUUAUGAAUGUGAAGAAUGUGGGACAGCCUUCACUCUGAGGAAAUAACUUAUUAUUCAUCAGACAAUUCAUACUGGAAAGAAUCCUUAUGAAUGUAAUGAAUGUGGGAAGGCCUUCAGUCAGAAAAGUUCUCUUAUGUGACAUCAGAGAAUUCAUACUGGAGAGAAACCUUAUGAAUGUCAUGAAUGUGGGAAGGCCUUCUAUAUGAAGGGAGAACUUACUCAACACCAAAGAUUUCAUCCUGGAGGGAAGCUUUUCAAUUGUAAUGAAUGUGGGAAGGCCUUCAGUGUGAGGUCAAAACUUACUCUACAUCAGAGAGUUCAUACUGGAGAGAAACCUUAUGAAUGUAAUCAGUGUGGGAAAUCCUUUAGUCAUAAGAUUUCUUUUACUCAGCAUCAGAGGUUUCAUUCAGGAGAGAAACCUUAUGAAUGUAGAGGAUGUGGGAAGGCCUUCACUCUGAGGAAACAACUUACUGUUCAUCAGAAAAUUCAUACUGGAGAGAAACCUUAUAAAUGUCAUGAAUGUGGGGAGACCUUCAGUAAGAAUUUUUUUGCUCAACAUCAAAAAAUUCAUACUGGAGAAAAAUCUUUUGAAUGUAAUGAACGUGGAAAGAGCUUCAAUAUAAGAUCUCAACUUAAUCAACAUCAGAAAAUUCAUACUGGUGAAAAACUUUAUAAAUAUAAUGAAUGUGAAAAAGACUUCAAUAUGAGGUCAAGACUCAAUCAACAUAAAAAAAUUCAUACUGGAGAUAAACCUUAUAAAUGUAAUGAAUGUGGGAAGGCCUUUUCUUUGAGGUCAAAACUUAAUGUGCACCAGAGAAUUCAUACUGGAGAGAAACCUUAUGAAUGUAAUGAAUGUGAGAGGGCCUUCAGUGAAAAGGAAAGGCUUAUUCAGCAUCUAAGAAUUCAUACUGGAGAGAAACCUUAUGAAUGCAGUGAAUAUAAGAAGGCCUUCAGUCAUAAGAUAUCUCUUAUUUGGCAUCAGAGGUUUCAUAUGGGAGAAAAACCUUAUGAAUGUAGAGAAUGUAGGAAAGCCUUCUAAGAACACAGUUUAUUGUUCAUCGAACAAUUCACACUGGAAAGAAUCCUUAUGAAUGUAAUAAAUGUAGGAAGGCCUUCAGUCAGAAAAGUUCUCUUAUGAGACAUGAGAGAAUUCAUACU